AUUCUUUUUCCUCUGUGCUUUCUUGUAUUCUGUUUGAAGUUGUGGUAGUUUAACCGUUCUGAGAAUUCAUAAUAUCAUUAUGGCUGCUCAUAAUUCUAGUGGUUUAGUUGUAUGGCAAGCAUUUUUCUUGUAUUGCACGUUUUAUACUUUUUGAGAUUCCCAUCUAGGAAUCUUUUGGGAUUUGUAAUUUGGUUUUUCUGGAAAAUGAGAGAUUUAUGCAUGGGUUUUAGAUCCUAAGCACAGAAUAAGGGGUAUCCUUGUCCACUUCAAUAAGGACAGCAUUUUAGGCCUCUUCUGUAACUCCUCUUUUUCUCCUUGCUUAGCUGGAAUUCAAGUCAAGCAAAGAUAGUUAUAUGAUUCUUUCAGGCUUUUGGGAUGUAAAUUGUUUUGUAUUUCUUGUUAGCUUUAUAAUAUCCAGUUGUUACUAAGUUUGAAUUACAGGCUAAGUCACAUUCAAAUUUGGGCUACAUGAGUCUUUCUUUCAAAUAUACAAAUUGCUUACAGUGAAAUUUCUUCGUUUGUGUCAUCUGAUAUUGUUAAUGUUGAUCAGCUGUUGGGGGCUUCAAUGGAGUGAUGCUUGUUGACAAUGCAUUUGUUCUGGUGGCAACAACUGCCACUGCUUAUACUGAUUCAACUCCUAGAACCCAAUAGUACAAGCCACAAACUAUCUGCUGAAGCAUUAGUUGCUUGUAAGAGCACAAAUUCCCGUCUUCAACAUUCCAUUGGCAAGAUUGGGAGAUACUCAUGCCUAAGACAGUGGGCAAGUGCCAACUGUUAUAAACUGAAUGACCCAGGUGUUGUUUAUUUGUCUCCCAGAAGACAUCCUCCUUUUCUGCAGACUGGAUUUAUCAAAUCAUCACCUGUUGCUUUGAAAUUCAUUUCCUCAAAAUUUCCAAUUGAAUUGCAAGAAAAAGUCUGUAAAUCAAGUAAUAGAAGAAUAGCAGCUGCAGUUGAUGGGGACAAUGGUGUUCCAACACUAACACCCUUGCAAGAAGCAGAUGCCAAGAAACCUAGUAAACAUAAAGUUGCUUUCAUAAUUGGUGGUGUUGGUGCAGCUUUGCUUGUGAUUGUCAUUGUAGUAGUUGUAUACGUGUGCUUGAUGCAUGCUAAGAAAUUCCUAAGGCAAGCAUCUGAGACAGCAUCUUCUAUACCAUCUCCUCCAGUUGAAUUGGCAAGAAGCUACAUUCCCCCCUCUGCUGCUGCCCAGUCUCCUUUUAAUACUCAACUUUUAAGGCAAUUAUCAAUCGUGGAGCUAGAGCAUGCUACAUGUAAUUUCAGUCACAGUAAUAUCAUAGGUGAAGGUGUUUUUGGUUUAGUUUAUAAAGGACUGCUUCUAGAUGGAUCAAUUGUAGCUAUCAAGAGAUGCCUACAUAAACCAGUUCUGAAUUUUGUUGCUGAGGUGAAACGCAUGGCUUCAGUUCACCACAAACAUCUUGUUGAACUUAUUGGUUAUUGUGAAGAUAGGCAUCAGCAAUUACUUGUGUAUGACUACAUCUCUAAUGGGAAUGUAGGGAAUUACCUCAAUGAUAGUGAAGGUUUACCAAUUGGAAAGUUAGACAUGAGGCAAAGACUGUCAAUUGCUCUGGGUGCUGCAAAAGGCCUUCAAUAUCUUCACAGUUUGGUCCCUCCUUUCCUGCACAUGCACUUUAGAACUAGCAAUGUUCUUUUGGGAGAUAACUUUACUGCCAAGGUUUCUGACUAUGGACUUCUUAACUUGGUAAUGGAGGGUCACAGUGCUGGACCAUCUUCGGCCACUGACUACUUUCGUGAUCCAGAGUUAAAUUUAUCAAACAAUUUUUCGGAGCGAAGUGACGUGUACAGUUUUGGGGUCUUCUUGUUGGAGUUAGUUAGUGGCCGUGAAGCACAUGGCAAGUAUCAGUCAAACUCAGGGCACAAUUUAGUAGAGGAGGCUAGGGAAUGCCGGCUCGGUGACUUCAUUGAUAAGAUACUUGGAGUGCACACAAUGCAAGCUGCAGGACAGAUGAUGGAGUUGGCAUUGCACUGUGUAGAUAUUAGUAGAAAGAGGCCAUCAAUGGUGAGAGUUGUUCAAGAGAUUGAACAGAUUCACAGAAGAGAAAUGGGAUUUUUGCAGCCUGAGUUUGGGGAAGAGAUAGGCUCUGUUACACUUGGAAGUGAACUCUUUAAAUGACCUAUCUCAUGCAUUCUUUGUACUGCAACUGCAAUCAUUCUUUUAUUGGAUUGUUAGAAACAUAGACUUGAGACUUCAUUGAAAAUAAAUUAUCAAAGAAAUUAUAGGUUUGAAAUUGGAAAUUUA